AUGACAUUAGACUCAGGACUUUGUCGGGAUUUUACGUGGAGAUUCGUCGUCGCGGAAGUGACAAAACCGAUUAUUAGAGUGGAUUUUUUGAGACACUAUAACCUUUUAGUCGACGUAAAACAACAAAAACUACUCGACGAAAUAACUAAUUUAAGUGUGUCUGGUAUAAAGGUCAUCGAGGAAAUAGCUAGUGUAAAAACUGUGACAAGAUCUACCGUUUAUCACGAACUUUUGUCCCAAUUUCUCUGUAUAACGCGACUGGAAGGCAUUCCGCAGGUUAAGCAUAAUACGGUCCAUCAUAUCACAACGACACCAGGGCCUCCAGUAUCCCACAAGCAAAGGCGAUAUGCCCCCGAUAAGUUGAAGGCGGGUAAAUUACUUUUCGGUAACAUGAUUAAAACAGAAAAAGCAAGACCCUCAAAAGCAUCCCGGUCUUCGCCCCUGCACUUGCACAAGGCAAGUAAAUUCGCGAACGAUACCCGACCGUUACCCGGUGAGACACAUUCAGGAUUUUUCUCAAGAGUUAUAGUUGCAGUUGUCCAUCGACAACUGAAAGCAGCAAUUAAGUGUCACAGUGAUUCACGUUGGACAGAGAUCUUACCGUCAGUGAUGCUCGGCGUUUGA